GGGCGUCUGUCUAUGGAUGGCGGGGGUGUGGGGGAAUGUGCCAAGGUUCGAACGUAUCCCCGCCCCCAACUUCACCCCUUCCGGCACCCGUUAUUGUCUACUGUGGAGAGACCAGGGAUCUCUUAAUUGGUCCAAGUUGAACGCAGGGACCGGCUCCUGGCUCUGUCCCUGCGCUUCAUACCUGGUGCGGACCACAUAGGCAAUGCUGAAAACAGCACCGAAUCCUCUUCCCAGCACGUGCAGUUAAUAUAGUCUUGGUUGGAAGAGAUAGGGUUCCUGGACAUGAUAAGUACCUGCAUAUUCUCAGAACGACACUGUAACACUUAGAACGGGAACGGAAGUAAGGACUUAGAAUUUCAUAUCUAGUGAGAUAUGAAAUAGUCGUGAGAGUUCCAAUUCCUUAGGGCUAGGAAGUUGGCUCCGUGGGUGCAGUGCGGCUGGAGAACUUGAAUUUGGAUCCCCAGCAUUCAUGGAACAAAGUACCAGCCUCUGGCCUAGCCGCGCAUGCACAAACAGAGGUUCAGGAGAAAAGUAACCAUAUCCUAGUAGUAGGCCUGGAUGGAGCAGGAAAGACCAGCGUCCUCCACUCGCUGGCUUCCAACAGAGUCCAGCACAGCCUGGCACCUACCCAAGGUUUCAACGAAGUUUGCAUCAACACUGAGGACAGGCAGAUGGAGUUCCUGGAGAUUGGCGGCAGUGAGCCAUUCCGCGCCUACUGGGAUAUGUACCUGCCUAAGGUAUGGCUGCUGAUCUUUGUGGUAGACUCAGCUGAUCACAGUCGAUUGCCUGAAGCCAGGAGAUACCUUCAUCAGCUGAUUGCGCCAAACCCAGGGCUCCCUCUGGUUGUGUUUGCCAACAAACAGGAUCUUGAAGACGCCUACCACAUUACAGACAUCCACGACGCUCUAGCACUGUCGGAAGUGGGGAAUGAGAGGAAGCUGUUCUUGUUUGGAACUCAGGUGACUGAGAAUGGCUCAGAGAUCCCCUCCACCAUGCAAGAUGCCAGAGACCUGAUUGCACAUCUGGCCGCAAAUAUGUAGAAGUCGACUAGGACCCGGCCCACUCCUCAAUUCACCAUCAAACUGUCAUCAAAGAGGGCUGCAUGGCAGGCAGGCUUAACCCAAAGGUUUCCACUUACAAUAAAAA